UAUAAACUGAAAUAUCCACUCCUGUUUAAAUUCAACUCUGUUUACCAUCAUUCUUUUUUUUCCCCCCUUUGUAGUUAUUUCCUUUCAUAGCCAUCAAUGUCUGACGAAGUCACUUAUGCAGAUCUAAAAUUCCAGGACUGCUCCAGUAAGAUAAAAAGUAUACAGGAAUUUGACCAGGUUGAGAUAAAAGCACCUCCUGCUCCUCCCCAUGUAUGGCAUCGAAGAACCUUGGCUCUUACUCUUCUGUGCCUUCUGCAGCUGAUUGGACUGGGAGUCUUAGGAAGCAUAUUUCACUUAACUUCAAAGACAGAAAUGGAAAAAAUUAAAAAACUGCAUAAUUUCAAAGAAGAACUUCAGAGGAAUGUUUCUCUACUACUGAUGGAUAAUAUGAAUAGUUCCAAGAAGAUCAGGAAUCUCUCUAUCACACUGCAAGAAAUAGCCACAAAAUUAUGUUAUGAGCUCUAUAGAACAAAACCAGAGCACAAAUGUAAACCUUGUCCAAAGAACUGGACGUGGCAUAAGGACCGCUGUUAUAUACUAGUUAAAAAUUAUGACACAUGGCAAAACAGUGGCUUGCUAUGUUCUGCUUACAAUGCCAGCCUGUUGAAGAUUAAGAACAAAAGUAUAUUGGAAUUUGUAACAUCUCAAAAGUUAUAUGACAUUUGGCUGGGAUUAUCUCCUGCAAAAAAGUACACAGAAUACAAUUUGGAUGAGACAAUUAUUUCCUCUGACUGGUUUACAGGAAACAUAGAUGACUUAAAUAGCAAAAUGUAUUGUGGAUAUAUACAUGGAUCACGCGUUUAUUAUACUUACUGCACUCAACUAAAAUUUUCUAUAUGUGAGAUGUUAGCUAAUCCAGUGAAGAUUGAGAGUAUGCUAACGAAUGAAGUACCAGAUGGAAAAAUAUAGUUAGUGCACUUAUUUUCCUUUUGCUGUUAUCCUGCAAGUAAAGGCAACUUUGGGGAAUACACAUCGUG